AUGACUGAUCUGUCGUCGUUGGAUCCCAAUAUUUAUACCUCCUCAUCGAAUGAGGCACUGUCAAUUUCAUUGGCUGGUAACGGAAAAGCUGUGUCGUUUCAUCCUGACUUUACGUAUCCCAUAUUUGGCGACGCGGAACAAAUUUUUGGGUACAAGGACCUGGUAAUACAUCUGGUAUUUGACAGCAUGUCAUUGUAUCCCUUUUUGAAUGUCAGGUACAGUGAGAAGAGAGAUGAUGCUGAUGAAGUGGAGUCCAAGUUGUUGGAGUUGUUACCAGAGGAAACUGUUGUGAAAGAUGAAGCGUUAUGGCAGGACAAAAUCGAUGGAGAAAACUUUGAAAUCCCCGGUGAAAUAUUAUCAACUUACACUCACAAGGAUGAAAAUUAUCACGUAUACAAACUCUCAAUCAAUAAAUGUGCCGAGAGCCUUCAAUUGCACCGUCGUAUGCAAAUCUUCGUGUUAUUUUUUAUCGAAGCAGGCUCCUAUAUCGAUGCAAAGGAUGACAUGUGGGAGAUUUAUGUUGUUUACAAAGAGGACAAGACGUUCAUUGGAUUUGCCACCGGAUACUCGUAUUGGAAGUAUCCUGGCCAUGAAAUCUUCGACUCCGAUGCGAAAUACCUUUGGAGAAAGAAGAUCUCACAGUUUGUUAUCUUACCUCCAUACCAAGGACAAUCUCACGGAAGCCAACUUUACAAGACGAUAUUUGAACAAUGGUUCAAGGAUGACCAAGUGGCAGAAAUUACUGUCGAAGACCCUAGUGAGGCAUUUGACGAUCUAAGGGACAGAUGUGAUCUGGAGAGACUUUAUCAAAGAGGGUUGUUGGAAACAUUACCGGAACCAGUAAUCUCUCCCGAAUGGUUUCAAACACAGCAAGCAAAAGAGAAAAUAGAGAAGAGACAGUUCCAGCGGUGUGUUGAAAUGCUCUUAUUACACGCCUUGAAAUCAAAGAAAAACACCCGUCUUCAAAUAAAAAAGAGACUUUUCAUCAAGAACAGAGACGCACUCUUGGACCUCGACGAAGCCACCAGAAAGGACAAACUGCAAGUUGCUUAUGAACGCUUAGAAGAAGACUACCAGAGAAUAUUGGAAAAAGUUAGAUUUGUCAAAAAACGACCUCAUCAGGACACUUAA